AUGUCCGACGCUCUCGCCCAAGACGUGGUUGACGUCAAGGCUGAAGACGAAAACGACACCAACUCUACCAUCAUUCACCAAGAUGCCGACGAUGAUGUCAACCAAGAAAUGCUCUCGCGACCGCUAGACCCGGGAGCCAAGGCUGCUCGAUACACCGGCCCGCCCCGAGGCGGCAAGAUGCUGUCAUUCCGUCCUGGCGUUUUCCGUCGCAGUCACCGACCUUUUCUGAAGUGCAACAGCAGAGAACUCAAGAAGCAAGAGGAAGCUGAACAUGGAGCUUUCACCAAGUGGCGCACCAACCCUGAUGAGAUCGAUGAGUCCAACAUUCCCGUCAUCAGACUCACCGAAGCGUCAGACUCUGCCCAGUCAUUCGAAGCCUUCCAUGCUACUGUCAUCGAGCCAAACAAGGAGGCCAUUGAAUUGAUACUGGUGGAAUAUAACAAGAGCGUUCAUGUCCUUGAUCGGCGCAAUGAUGUUCAGUUCUUCGAAAAGUACCAUGAACAGUACACUAGCGGCGAUCUUGACGAUUAUGGAAGACCUCGCACCGUCUUCAACCUUCGACCUGAUAAAGCGCUAGACAUCCCAGCCUCAAAACAAGCAACCCACGAUUGCGAAGCGCAGAAGUGCCUGCUCCUCAACGCCGCCUGCUUCAUCGCAUGGCAGGGCCCAUCCUUUCGAUACUUCUUCACCAAAGCCGCAGAUACAGACGAAAACCCCAGCGACGUCUUCUUCUCGAUGCCCCAAGACGCGCGCAUCACCGUCAGGUUUUGGGAGGAACGUGUUCGAGAUGUAGCGAGGGACACGAUGCGCGAGACGGUGCGGUAG